UUCACCACCUUUUCAUGCUCCCUUUCUUCAAACACUUUCUAGAGUGCCAAAAAACCAUAAAAACUCUUUUCUCUCCUUCAUUUCAAAUGCCAUGAAACCAUAAAACUCUUCUCUCUCUUCACACAGAACUCUUCUCUCUCUUCCCAACACUCCCAUAAUGCCCCUACUCAGAGCUUUGUAUCACUCUUUCUUCUUCCCACUAAGCCCCUCUCCCUCUCCAGCUUCAGCUCCAACUCAACCACCUUCCUCACCUCCCUUCCCAAAAUACCCCUCCACAACCACCACCACCACCACCACCACUAGUCUCCCUUUCUUCCCAACCUACCCCUCCCCACCACCACCUCCUUCUCCCUCUCUUCCAACCUUCCCAGCAAACAUCUCUUCCUUAACUCUCCCUACCUCUUCCCAUUCUGCCCCUCGCCAGACAAACGCUUCCAAACUUCUCCUUUCCAUUUUCAUUCCCAUUCUAGCCCUCCUCCUUCUCCUCUCUGUCCUUCUCCUUCUUCACUACCUUCGCCAGCGCCGCCGCCAAACCCGCACCUUCAACGACGCCGAGGACUCUCGCUCCGACAGCCACCGUCUCUUUCCGCCCAACUCCGCUCCUUCUGACAUCCCCAAGCUUGACACUUCCUCUCGCCCAACAAGCUCAGAGUUCCUCUACUUGGGCACUCUCGUCAGCUCUCGCCCCCACCCUCAAGUCCCACCCGCACCUGCCGCUCCCCCUCCGGCGCGGUCGCCGGAGCUUCGCCCACUCCCUCCUCUCAGCCGGCCGACCGCGGACGCCGCCGAAUCCUCUUCGGAUGAGUUCUACUCCCCCAAAGCUGCCCCUUUGAAGAAGAAGUCCGGCUCAAAUAGCUCUUCUUCAAGCUCGUCGCCGACCGUGUCUUCUUUGCCGGUGAGUUCAAGCCCGUCCGUUUCCACCAUUGAAUCACUGACCACGAAGAAAGCUUUUGAUGGAGAUUCUGAGAAGAAUAUGGAUCAAAGGUCCAAGCUUUUACACUUCUCCUCCCAUGGAGUUCGACCGGAGAGGCUUCCCCCACCGCCGCCGCCGCCACUUGUGCCGCCGAGGUAUGAUCGGUGUGAGAAUGAACGGAGAGUAAAGCUGAAAGCUUUGCAUUGGGAUAAGCUUCCGCCGAGCUCCGACCGUGCAAUGGUUUGGGAUCAGUUGAAGAAAUCUGGCUCAUUCCAGUUGAAUGAAGAGAUGAUUGAGAGCUUGUUUGUAUGCAAUCCUGCGAAGAUUGGGAUGAAGGGAAGGCGGGAAGAGUUUUAUUCACUGGGGGAUGAUAAAACUGUGUUGCUUGAUCCAAGAAAGUCGCAGAACAUUGCCAUUUUGCUGAAAGCUUUGAAUGUGAGCAAAGAGGAUGUUUGUGAUGCUCUUUUGGAAGGGAAUGUGGAUAGCUUGGGCUGUGAGCUUCUUGAAACACUACAAAAAAUGGCUCCAAAUAAAGAAGAAGAGCGGAAACUGAUAGAACACAGGAAUGAUUUGAAUCACAAGCUGGGAGUCGCCGAAACAUUUCUUAAAGCAAUUCUUGACAUACCGUUUGCGUUCAAGAGAGUUGAUGCCAUGCUUUACAUUGCCAAUUUCAAUUCGGAGGUUGAUCACCUCAAACAAUCCUUCCAAACUCUCGAGGAAGCUUGCGAUGAGUUGAGAAACAGUCGAUUAUUUCUCAAACUUCUUGAAGCAGUUCUAAAGACUGGGAACCGCAUGAACAUUGGCACAAACCGGGGGGAUGCUCGUGCCUUCAAACUCGACACACUUCUCAAGCUAGUUGACAUCAAAGGCACCGAUGGCAAGACAACCCUCUUGCAUUUUGUAGUUCAAGAAAUCGUAAAAGCUGAAGGUUAUCGCCUUCUAGCAAGCCGUAGAAAUCAAGUUAAUGUCUCACGAGAUGAUCAAGAAUGUAAAAGGCUCGGCCUUCAAGUUGUUUCCCGUCUCGGGGACGAGCUCAUCAAUGUGAAGAAAGCUGCAGCCAUGGACUUCGACAUGCUCUGCAGCUCUAGCUCAAAGCUUGCUACCGGAAUAGACAAGAUAAGAGAUGUUAUAAGAUUGAACAACGGCGAGCGAUUCCAUGAAUCAAUGAAUGGUUUCUUGAGAACUGCGGAAGGUGAGAUUGUUACCGUGCAAAUGCAGGAGGGUGUUGCGCUGUCUAUGGUCAGGGAGUUGACGGAGUAUUUUCAUGGGGAUUCUGCAAAGGAAGAAGCUCAUCCAUUUAGAAUUUUCAUGGUUGUCAGAGAUUUUCUUUCGAUUCUAGAUCGAGUUUGCAAGGAAGUGAACACUAAGGAUGAUCGAGCAGCAUUCAUCAGUACCGCACCUUGCCAUUCUCCGGUUUGCCAUGUCUCAUCGGGAAGUUCUGAUGACAGUGAGGCUUUUUCAUCGUCGCCGUAAGUGAAGAAGCCGAGGAAGGGAUAAAGGAAGCUUGUUUUGUUUGCAACUCUUUUUGGAUAUAAACUGAACUUUUGCAUGUGUAUGUAUAUUAUUAGCUCCAAAGUUUGUGUUUUGAGAAUGAAACUUAGCUCUGUUUGAAGUUC